GGCCGGUGGGGCAAUUAGUAAUUGCAUGCUUAAAACGGUUAAGCCCCCAUAAAAUUAUUGCGAUUGAUCGUGUUCCAUCUCGUUUAAGAUUAGCUGAAGCGCAAGGCGCAGCGAUAAUCAAUUUUGAAGAGCAUGAUCCCGUUAAAGAAUUAAAAAAAUUAACCGGUGGAAAAGGCCCUAAUAAAAUUAUUGAUGCGGUUGGAGUGGAUGCACAAUGUCCUAAAUCUGCAAACUCAGAAGAAAAAAAAGAGUUUAAGAAAGCGCUCAAAAUAAUUGCACCCAAAAAGAAUUCA